GGCCACUUCCUCGGACGCGCCCUACAAUGCCUCCUCGCCAGAUGAGUUGGCGCUUGUAUUUUGGCGAGGAGUUGCGCCAAACUGGGAAAGGCAUGGAAGACACAUUUUCUUAUUUCUAUUUUCACCACUGCAGAAGGAUUUGAACAGAGAUCAACAAUACUUCGCAAGCUAAACGGAUCACUGACACACUGACUGAACCCUGAAUAAACAUGAUGUCAGUUGUGUAAUGCUUCUUUGGCUUUGUUUGCCACAUUUUGUUGAGCUGAUCUGCCGUGGCUCUGAGGUCUGUGCAGCACGGGCCCUUGGUUUAGAGUUCAGACAAGAAGCUGACAACUACAUGCAGCUUGCUGUGCGAGAAUCAUUUCAGCAUCUCCUCGUACCCUAUGGAUUCAAGGGGGGACUCUUUCAAGCGGAGCUCUUGGAUGUUUGUGAGUUCGACAACCUUCGGAAGCGCAUGUCAGUGGUGAUUCGACUGCCAACGGAUGAAAUCCUGCUCUAUGUGAAGGGCGCAGACAGCAGCAUUUUACCAUACGUGUUGGAGCAAGAGUUGAAGGACCUUUGCGUGAGCGAUUUGCUGACCUUUGCACGUCGAGGACUACGCACGUUAUGCUUGGCAGAACGAAGCCUUUCAAACGAGGAGUUCCAGGCGUGGCACCAACGUUUUCAAGAAGCGAAGGCUUUGAUCACUGAGGAUCGGGCCGACCGGAUCCAUGAGCUUUCCAAUGAGCUGGAGACCAACAGGCCGUUGAAGCUGCUUGGAGCGACGGCUAUCGAUGACAAGUUGCAGGACGAGGUCCCGGAAACCAUCGAGCAGCUUCGCACGGCUGGUAUACGUGUGUGGGUGCUGACUGGUGACAAGGUCGACACAGCAAUCAGCAUCGCAAUGUCCUGCAAGUUACUCACUGAUGAGAUGAACAACUUCAUCAUUGACAGUGACACCGAACAGAAGCUCCCAGAGAUCUUACGGGACGUUUUAGAAGCAGAAGAUCCAGCUCUGACCAUUGAAGGAUCCAUGCUGGCCGAAGUCAUGGAAGAUCGCCUCACUCGUUCUUUGCUCUUCCACGCAGGGCAGCGUUGCAGAUCAGUGGUAUGCUGCCGCGUGUCUCCAAAGCAAAAGGCGGAUGUUGUGGACUUGGUGAAGACCAUGGAUCAGACGGCAGUCACUUUGUCGAUUGGUGAUGGGGCCAACGAUGUCUCCAUGAUCGUGGCUGCCCAUGUGGGCAUUGGUCUUUGUGGCAAGGAAGGCGCACAAGCUGCACAGAGUGGCGACUUCGCCUUGCCAGAGUUCAGGCUCUUACGGCGUGCAGUCUUUGCCCAUGGCAAAGAAGAUUAUCGGCGACUUUCCAUGGUUUGCAUCUACACCUUCUACAAGAACCAGGUGAACGUACUGAUCACCAUUCUGUCUUGUGCCGUGAAUGCCUUCUCUGGUGCCAAUGUGGUAAACCCUUGGCUCAUGCAAUGCUACAACUUGUUGCACUGCCACUUACCCAUCUUCAUCUAUGGCAUCCUGGACAGGGCUGGUGACCCGGAUGUCUUGGAGCUGGAUCCGUCAGGCCAUUCUCCGCACCUCUUUGGGAUGGAUGUGGAGUUCUUGUGGAUGGGGAAAGCAGUGCUUCAAGCGUUGGUCAUUAUCGUUGCAUGGUACUCAACAACUGCCGGCAUUGCAGGAGAUGGUGGCCCUGACCUCUCACAAACCUCAUUGGUGGGGAACUUGUGCUUCAUCUCAGUGGUGCUUUGUGUGAAUGUCACCCUUAUCUUGCGGCAGCACAGCUGGCCUAGGCUCAUCAUUUUGUGCUAUGCCAGCAAUGCCUUCUUCCUUGUUCUCACUAUCAUCGUUUGCGUCCGGGGCAUCUCGCAAGUCGCUCCAAAUUGGAUCCGCGUGAGUCUCACAACCAUAGUUGUGCUGGCUUUGACCACCAUUGUUGGUGAAGUUGUCCUCUCCUUUGGCGACCUCUUCUUCGGAGAUGAAGAAGGUGCAGCACCCGUGCCGUCGCCCAGACCUGCGCCCGCAGAGCCUGAGCCCACAGCUUUGGAGAAGAGGAAAGCGCCCAAGUGGAAUCAACGCUUCAACUGCGGCAUCAACGUCAACGAUUCUCGACCACAAGGGCUCCGGGAAUAUUUCUCCAGGCCGCAAUCCAUGGUGGAGCUGAAGCGUUUCUGGGAGGCUCACGUUGGAUCAUCUUUCAAGAAGCACUUGGAGGCCCACUACACUCCACCCAGAUCAGCACCACCAUGCAAGCUUUUCCCAAGUUCACUGUCAAGUCUUGGAGGUUCACCGGUGAUGUUGCCUGAGCGUCACAGUCCCGGUGGCUCCAUGAAAGAUUUGCUCAGUGGAGAGAUCGUCGCAUGGCAUGACUAUUGGUCGCCACCUGCACGCUACAGGCGUCCGUUUCAUAAACAAGAUCGACCUCUUUUGCCUUUCGAGACCUUUGGAGACGUCAAGGAUGCCACGAAGAUCGACUCCUCUCCGGCUACGCUGCGGCGCCAUGACCGUGAGCUCGAAGCCCGAGUGCGGCGACGGAACAAGCUCGGAGGACCACAGAGGAAAUGCUGGCUUGAGCCAGAACCCUGGUGAAAAAGGAUAUGUUUUUUAGUGUUGCCAAAGUGCAUUUUUUUUCGAGCUUCCAUUUUUUCUUGAAGUGGCGCAGGAAGCCUCUUCGUAUAUUGCACAACAGCGACACUGCACUUGUGUGGUCACUCGUGUAGAGAUUCCUGGUCACUCGUGUGUCACCGUUAGAAGUGCCAAAGGCAUUGUAGGAGCGGAGGAGCUCGCACGGA